AUGGUGUGUGGAGACCGGGCCUUCGUCCACCCAUCUGCAGAGCCUGCAGAACCUUUUCAGAUUUAUUGCUUGAGUAUAUGUGGGUCCUGCGGUAUUCUGACCUAUGUACUUCGAUCUGAAGCUAAGGCAAAGGAGAAGGCUAGGAAAGUGAUGAAGCCAAGGACGAAGACGAAACCCAGGGCAAGGGUGAAGCCGACGGCGGCCCCAAAAAAGAUAAAGCCGACGCAGUCGCCAAAAAAGGCAGCGACUCCAGCUGCUGUGGAUCCGACCGAGGUUGAGGCAGCUGCGGAUCCGAGGGAUGGUGGGGAUGAAGCUGCGGUUCCUAAGGAUGUGGCUGGGGAUCGCAAGAGUUUCGCUGGCCGUUAUGUUCCGAAUGGGCCCCCUCACUCCUGGAGAUUUGAAGCUGCUAUCGAAGCCUUUGAUAUGCAUGUGGCUGAGGAACUUCGCAACCGGGGCCUUGCUACCGGCGGCAAUGCGCAAAGGGCCUUCAUGUCCUACUUAAGUGCCGAAGGCUUCCUCGAUCUGACAGCAAAAGAUGAGAUCGAUAUGGCUGCACACGAGCUGGCAGUUGCAUAUGCCACGCAGAAGGCCUGCUUGAGCCGUGUUUGA